AUGCUAUGCAUUCGAAGCAUUACCAGAGUGUUGAAAGCGACUGUAAAUAGUCGAAUGCCGAAGGCCGUAAAAGUUCCCGAGCUUCGUGGUUGGUACUCUCAAUCAGCAUCUUUGAUGAAGAUUUACGGUUUUGGUGGCGACAAAGAAAUGUCUGAGGAUGAGAUGCAAAAGAUCCUAAACGACGAAGAGCAGAAGAUGAAAGAGCAAGAAGCUGCGAAGAAUUUUCCAAAUUGGAAACCAGGGGAAAGAAAACGUCCGCUGAUCAAGACGUACAGUGAGGAAGAGUUUUUAAGAGAACUGAUGCCUGAAAAGUACGUCGACGAUCAAAUCUGGACUCUCCGAGACAGGCGAUGUGGUGCGCUGGCCAUUAAAGUUGGAAUGAUGCCUGUGUGGGACGACUGGGGUGUUCGCCACGGCUGUACCGUGCUCUGGUUGAACCGAAAUAUUGUCAUGGGUCACAAGACGGUCGAUAAGCAUGGGUAUUCUGCAAUACAGGUAGCUGCUGGAGAAAGGAAAUCAAAGAAUGUCGGAAAAUGUGCUUCAGGCCAGUUUCAUCAAAGUAAAGACCUGAAGGAGAUGCCACCCUAUAUUAUUCGAGAAUUUCGAGUCACGGAUGAAGAGAACCUGCUGCCACUGCACUCCACAAUUCAUGCCAGGCAUUUCGUCCCCGGGCAAAACCUUGAUGUUGCAGCAGUUUCUAAAGGAAAAGGAUUUCAAGGAGCCAUGAAGCGACACAACUUUUCUGGAAUGCCUGCCUCUCAUGGUACUUCGUUGAGCCACCGCGCCCUUGGAUCGACCGGACAAUGUCAGGAUCCUGGUAAAGUCUUCAAAGGAAAGAAAAUGGCAGGUCGAAUGGGCGGUGAACGCGUUUCCGUUCAAAAUCUAAGAGUGGUAAAGGUUGAUAGAGGUCGCGAUCUUUUGUAUGUAUCGGGUGCUGUCCCUGGACAAAGGGGCGCAUUAGUCGAGAUCCGGGACGCAGUCAAGAAACCUCUCUGGGAUACCGAUAUGGUUAUGGACUCAAUAAAACGACCACCACUACCCACCUUUCAAUACGAUACUGAGAUUGAUGGCAACGGAAAAUGCUACGAAGAACUCAUGCCUGCUUGCAAGGACGAUCCACUAGAUCCUGACUACCUGGACACUACAAUUCAAAUCAAAGCUCAAGCAUAG